AACGGAGUACGACAACGCCCAGGGGCUUCUGGGAUUCGUAGUUCCGGGGCUGGCUGAGGCCUGGCAGCCUUGCCCCGCUCCUUCUUACGCAUGCGCGACUCCGAGCCGGCCCAAGAAGUUCGUAGCCUUUGUCAGGCCCGGGAUGGGAGAUUCCAGCCUCGUAGGACCGAGCCAGGCUCGAGAGUGAGGAAAAAUCCCGACCCGAUCUGAUCGAAGCCUUCCAGCAGAGCCCCCGGAGGGAGGGCAGGAAGGAGGACGACGAGGCCGCGGGGGCUUCUCGCUGUUCUGCCGGGAGAAGUCUGAACUGGGUGGGAGAUCAGAAUAUUCGGAACCCGGAGCAGGGAGUGAUCAUGGAGACCGACUUGGCCGACAAGCCUGAGAAGAGAGCUCUGUCUUCCCAGGACUCUCCCUUUUCCCCAGAGCAGAGCACAGAAGAGGGAGAAGUGGCAGCUCUGCGCCUCACAGCUAGAUCCCAGGCAUCAGUGACGUUCAAGGACGUGGCCAUGGACUUCACCCCAGAGGAGUGGGGGAAGCUGGAUCCCGCACAAAGGGAGGUGAUGCUGGAGAACUAUAAGAACCUGGUCUCGCUUUGGCUUCCGGUUUCUAAACCUGAGAACUACAGUUUGGAGAAUGGAAAAGAACCAUUGGUGCUUGAGAGAAAAGCCCCCAAAAGCAACUAUGACCUGGAGACUAAACCUGAGGACAAAGACUCAACUUCAGUGCAAGAUCUUUCCAAUGAAUCAUGCCAGACUGCAAUAAUAGAUAGACUGACAAGGGAUGGUGUCUAUGACUCCAGCUUGGAAACAGCUCUUGAAUGUGAAAACUGGCUAGAGAAUCAGCAAGGAAAUCAGGAGAGACACUUGAGAGAAAUGCUCAGCCAUGCGAAUUCACUCCCUGAAGAAAGAGCUCGUGAGCAUGAUGUUUAUUGGAAAAACCUGAGUCCGAAGUCUGUUCUUCUCACUCAAGACAGAGCUCCCAGAGGAUCCUAUGCCUUCCAUACCCUUGAAAAAAGGUUGAAACAGAAAUCAAACUUAAUGAAAAAGCAAAGAACCUGUAAAGAGAAGAAACCUCAUAAAUGCAACGAUUGCGGUGAACUCUUCACUUACCAUUCAGUGCUUAUCCGACACCAGAGGGUCCAUACUGGAGAGAAGCCCUAUAGCUGCAGUGAAUGUGGGAAAUCUUUUAGCCACAGAGCUAAUUUGACUAAACAUCAGAGAACUCAUACUAGAAUUCUCUUUGAAUGCAGCGAAUGCAAGAAGGCCUUCACAGAAAGUGCAUCCCUUGCAAUACAUCAGCGAAUUCACAUUGGAGAGAGACCAUAUGAAUGCAGUGAAUGUGGAAAAGGGUUUAAUCGAAGUACACAUCUUGUGCAGCAUCAGUUGAUUCAUACUGGGGUGAAGCCUUAUGAGUGUAAUGAAUGCGAUAAAGCUUUCAUUCAUUCAUCAGCUCUCAUUAAACAUCAACGGACUCAUACUGGAGAGAAACCCUAUAAAUGUCAGGAAUGCGGGAAAGCCUUCAGCCACUGCUCAUCCCUUACUAAACAUCAGAGAGUUCAUACUGGAGAAAAGCCAUAUGAAUGUAGCGAAUGUGGAAAAACCUUUAGUCAGAGCACACAUCUUGUUCAGCAUCAGAGAAUUCAUACUGGAGAGAAACCCUACGAGUGUAACGAAUGUGGGAAAACCUUCAGCCGGAGCUCAAAUUUUGCUAAACAUCAGAGAAUUCAUAUUGGAAAGAAACCAUACAAAUGUAAUGAAUGUGGAAAAGCCUUUAUCCAUUCAUCAGCUCUAAUUCAACACCAGAGAACUCAUACUGGAGAGAAGCCCUACAGAUGCGAUGAAUGUGGGAAAAGCUUUAAGUGCAGCUCAUCCCUCAUCAGACAUCAAAGAAUUCAUACUGAAGAGCAACUCUGAAAAAUUCCUAAAUGUGAAGAAAUGGUCCCAGUCAAGGAGGAGAAAUGAAGCAACUCUGAGACACAAGGACACACCUUCCUGUCAAAUAUGGAAAAUAGUUCACAGGACAGUGACUCAAUGGAGGAUAACAGCUUCCCUCCAUGAAGAAGAGGUUGCCAUUUCUCUGGCUUUCAUGUCUACCCACAUUUUGUUGUUGUUAUUGUUCUCCCUAUAUGUUUGUUGGGCUAUGUCCAAGAGCCCUAAAGAAGGUAGAAGAGGCAUGAAACCACACGGGUGAUCAAAAACAAGUGGUGGGAUUGGAAAUGCAGAAGCAAAAGUUCAAAUAAAUAUUUAGUAGAACACUAUACAAAUGUCAAUUUUUAUUGUUACUCUGUUGUAUGAAGAGAAGAGUAUAGAAGAGAUAGAAGGAAAAUAGUUACAGAUUUCUUCUUUCUCUUCUAAAUUCUAUCCUUUAAGAACGUUCAGCAACUAGUCCUUGCUCUUGGCCUUCUCCACAUUAUCUCUGUUGUUUCCUAUAAUUCCUUCUCUGUAAAUCUUAGUUGUAUUAUUGAGGAGAAGUAGAGGAAUAGAGUUUAGAGCAAGAUCAUUAAGGAUGAAUGGGUUAAAUCCAGCCGUGAUGGAAAUUAAAACAAAAAUGGGGCUGAAUGAACUGGGAAAAGGUUUUGGGAAGAAUAAAAAACACGUUGUGGGUGGAAGUGGGUGGGAAGGCUCAGGGACUGAGAGGUAAGGGUAAGAGGCUGACACAGGAACAAGGUAAAGAGAAAGGCGCUCCCCUUCAUACUCAGUAUUCAUGUUCAAAAAUAGGAACUGACAGGCUGUGACCUGGACCCACGAUCAAGUCCACCUUCUGCCUGUAUCUCAGAAUAAUGUUUAGUUGGAUCUUGACCACAUGCAUUCAUUUACAUUUGGUUGUUACAACAGUUGCAACAGUGAUUGUACGUCCCCCCAAAGCCUGUAAUACUUGAUACUUCUCUGUGUGCCAGUUGCUUGAGUGAAAAUAAAUUCAUUAUUUUGGGGCCAAAAUUUGACUUCCAGAGUAAGAUCCAUUUGGGCUUUCCAAAGCUGAGUUUGGAUUCUCCCCCUCCAGUUAACAUUUAUGUGACCUUACUACUUGCUGUCUCUAAGUCUCAGGGCCUCCAUCUAUAAGAUGGGAAUAAAUCAUCCCUCUCUUGUAAGGUUGUAAGGGUUAAAUAAGACAAUGUGUGUCAAAGACCUGGCUCACAAUAAAUUAAACAGAUGGCUUCUAUAAGUAUAUGUUUGUAAGGUAUGUAAACAUAUACAAAUAUAUGUAUUUUAAUGAAACAUCAGUCCAUUUGGGCUGCUACAAUGAAAUAACUCACCACAGACUGGCUAUAGUUCUGGAGACCAGGGUCCCAAGACCAAGGCCCCACCAGGUCCAUGUUUGGGGAGGGUCUGUUUUCUGGUUCAGGAAUCACCAUCUUUCUGUUCUGUCUUCACAUGGUGAAAGGAUAAGGGGGCUCUGGUGCCUCUUACAAGGCCAACUAAACCUUUUCCCAAGAAUUCUGCCCUCGUGACCUAUUCACCUUCCAAAGGCCCCCACCUCCUAGUACCAUCCCUCUGGGGGUUAAGUUUCAAGAUAAAUUUGGGGAGAUACAAACUCAGUCUGCAAUAAGUGGCUAAGCAUUGAUCAGAUAGAAAUUACUUAGGAGUGAAUGUGUCUUCCACGCUUUUUGUUAACAUCAAGAACUGUCACCAUCCUGCUGUAUAGCGCAGCAUAGAGAAGAGGCUUCUCUUUCUGCUCGUCUUUCCAUCUGGUGCUGCUCCCUACACAGCCUCCUUGAGACCUUGGGGAAUCUGCUUUAUUCUCUCCUAAGUACCACUUAGCCAGAAGCUAUCGAUAGUUUCAGAGACUCAAGUUUGUAAUCUAAGUGCAGUUUAAGGACUGUUAAGAGACUAGCUCUAAGUUUUACUGGGAACUCUGGCCCUUGACAUUUCAGUAUUCUGUUUAUGUUUGACGUUCAAUAAGACUGUAUUUGUACUCCAACAUGAACCUUGGAAGUUUUAGUGUUCCACUUUUCAAAUGUUUUUGGUUACCUAUGAACUAAAUUUGACUGCUCUUAUUGGCCCACUGUCAAUAAAGAUGUUGUUUAUAUAUUUAUUGUCAGAAACUUUUGUAAUUCGCUUCUAAAGUUUCCUAAUUUAAGCAUAGUUUAAGAGGCAAAGACAGACCAACCAUAAACUAUCUCCAUAGCAUUUGGGAAACCAAUCACAUUUCUAAUUGUUCAUCUGGGCUUCGAAACUUCUGAAGACAUGGGUUGGGGAAUUCCCUCCACAGCCCAUGUCUCUGCAAAAAGCUUAAAGAGUACAGGAAGGUUGUUUCUACCAAACAGUGUUGAGUCCUUUGGCCAAGUGCAGAUGCCACUCAUUUAGGAGGGGGUAUUGGGG